UCGCAGAAACACCCUUCCUUUAUCGCGACCUGAGCUUUCUUGGAUUCAUAUACUUCGUGCAACAUUCGCUUAACAAUAUAUAUUUGGACAAGGUGGCCACUGGCCAGAGAAGCAGGAAGAUGCCGCAACUACGUACCAGUAGUUAUUUUCUUAAUUUGCCCUUUGAAUUAAUCUUCCAAAUAUCGAAUUACCUUCCGCGGGUCGAUAGAGCUGUACUUGCGACGAUAUGUCGCUCGCUACGAGCCAUCUUGGGUACAUUAGAGGUACACAGGCUUUCUUCCGGGCAAUACCUUAGAUUUCUCACGAGGAUCGCUCGCGACCUUCUAGACUGGUGGGUGUGCGAAGCCUGUUUCAAGCUGCACCCUGUUUCUUUCGACGAUACGCCCAAAACCCCAUGGAAAAUGUCGUGUCCCAUACCAUGGGAUCGGUGGUGCAAUGAGGUGUACGGCCGGCGAUCCCGACACGACCACCGUGCCGUCCAAAUCGAGCACCGCCACGUCCAGCUCGCGCUCAAGUACAUACGCCUACAAAACCCGGGCCUCAGAUACCAAUAUUAUUAUAGCGCACUCCUAGCGGUGCAUCGGGACGACCACUUUCGUACCCAUCCUUUCCCAGUCGAUCGAGAGAACGUACUGGAUGUUUCGUACGUCGCUACUCCUAAAAUCAUCAAGGAUCGCGAUGGAAAUUUCAGGUACCUGCUAAUGUCUGCUUGGGAGUAUCGGAAAAAAUCCAUCGAUAUAUCGUUGCCAACGGUGGGAGAGAUCAUUCUAUGCCCACACAACAUAGUUUCAGCCAACUUGACAGUCGCGUCGACUUACCGAUCAUUUUACUUAAAUUUAGAACAGCUUAUUUUUAACGGGGCUGUCUUUGCAACACACGCAGGUGGUUGUAGGCACUGCCCUACCGACAUCUUUAUCAAGUUUCACGCCGAGUAUAUUAUUGUACAAACAUGGCAGGACAUGGGAACUAAGGGUUCUCCAGGUAAGUGAAACAAAUAGAUAGAAUUCUGAUCUGAUCUGAUCGAGCCUUGAGUUUAUUAUCACUGACGUUGUUACCGAAGGCGAUAUUGCUUGGAGGUCACAUGUGCUUGACCCUCGUUUCGACGUCGGUAGCAUCGACGAGAUGCAGCGCCCGGAAAUGUUCAAGAGUGUUGGAAGUGUUUGUGAAUUAUACCACGGCGAGAAUUAUUCCUAACUCGAAACGGUUCUGAUGACAGAUUUAAGUUCUGUCGAAGCAGCAGGAAGCCGACGAAUCUGGGAGCGAUUUUUCGCAUUUUGCUUCAUUUCGGUUAAGCGAGGGAAAUAGGGUUAGCCUAGCGAAUAAAGUCUUAUGUUUGCGGGACGUUUUUGAAGCCGUCGAGUUAUGGCGAUGGUUAUUUAGGCCAUUGGCGUAGAACGCUUAUAAUCGGAACCCUAAAGACUA